AUGUGCUGUUUCCUGCCGCAUAAAAGCUGCGGUGACCCGGGGCACUUUGCUCGAAAUUGCCCGAGUUCCAGUUCCGGGGGCGGUUGCUUCAACUGCGGUGAAGAGGGGCAAGUUCCCUUGAACCCAUAUAUUCAUGAACCGAAGAGAAUCACAGAACGGUCAACACUGACUUCAGAGUGCAACAGGCAUAAUAAGGCCGAAUGCCCCAAUCCUCGCAAAGGCAUGGGGGCAUGCUUUAACUGCGGUGAAGAAGGACAUUCAAAGGUUGAUUGCCCUAAUCCCCGAAAGACCAUGGGAGCAUGCUUCAAUUGUGGUGAAGAAGGGCAUUCAAAAGCGGACUGCACCAAGCCUCGUGUCUUCAAAGGAAUUUGCCGUAUCUGCUCGCAGGAGGGUCACCCUGCGUCGGCCUGUCCAGAGAGGCCUCCGGACAUUUGCAAGAAUUGUCACAUCGCACGGGACUGCAAGGCCAACCGCAAAUUCGACCUCAACCACGUUGCUGACCGACUGCCUGAUGAAGCUUGGGCAAUGAUGAAGGCUGCCAGCGAGGAGAAAGACCUUGUCGAGUUCCGAACGUCUUUGCAGGUGUACUCCAAGGCCGUCCCAGAUGCGACUUAUGCCGAUAUUGAGAAGAAAAUGCGUAAAGACAAAUUCAAAAUCUUCCUCAUUGGUCUAGAAAAGGAGCCCGAAGACAUCAUGAGUUUGAUUGACCUGCAGGGUCGACUGGACCAAAUGGGGCACAGUGCGCGUGGAUGUAAGCAAGAAAAGACCGAAACAGAGAAGAUUGAAAUCAAGUGUACCAACUGUGGCGGUCUUGGCCACCGUGUUCGUGACUGCAAGGAACAACGUCGAAGCAAGUAUGGAUGUCGCAACUGCGGUUCUGAGGACCAUGACGCCAAGGAGUGCCCAAAGCCACGCGACGCAGCUAAUGUUGAGUGUCGUCGAUGCAAUGAAACCGGCCACUUUGCCAAGGACUGCCCUCAAGCAUCUGAGCGUCCUGAUCGAGGCCCUCGAACCUGCCGUAACUGUGGAUCUGAAGAUCAUAUUGCUCGCGACUGUGACAUGCCGCGUGAUCCGUCCACCAUGACUUGCCGUAACUGCGAUCAGAGUAAGCACCGUAUUAUUCCCAAGACCAAGGGACUGCUGGACAUGGUGCACGAGAUUGUCCUCUGCCGAAGGACUGGUCCAGGGUCAAAUGCAACAGAUGUGGAGAGAGUACGUUAUUGGUAUAUAGGAGCUGAUAUCGAAGAUGAGCUAAUAAUCCUACAGUGGGUCACACUGUUCGCCGAUGCCCCCAGCCCGAGGAAAAUGAAGUCGAAAGUUCCUCGAUCGACUACUGCUAUAGUCACCGAGGAUGACCCCUGGGAGAGCGCUCAAUCAAUGCCUGCCAAAGAGCCGAGCAUGGUGGAGGAAAAAGGGGAUGAAUACGGUGCUGGGGGAGAGGAUGAUAUCGCGUACACACUCAAAGUCCAGUCUCUGCGGGAUCGACUGGCAAAUGUGGACUGGUGA